GCCCGAGCUCUGCCUUUUCUCACCACCCAAUCGUCCCAUUAAAAUGAAUAAUCUGGCACAAAUGCCUGGCGACCAGAAGCGUACAUUCAGAGACACAUCACAACGUGGUGCGUCUGGAAAAGGAGCUAUCCCUACCAUGGUGAAUCAGACUGGUUUGGAGGAGGAUUCUGACGAUUCAGACAAACCUGCCAAGCGCUCGGGAAGACGCAAGAUCAAGAUUGAAUACAUUGAGGAUAAGAACAGAAGACAUAUCACAUUUUCUAAACGUAAAGCUGGUAUUAUGAAAAAGGCGUAUGAGCUCUCGACUCUGACCGGCACGCAAGUCCUUCUAUUGGUCGUUUCAGAAACAGGGCUUGUCUAUACUUUCACCACCGUCAAGCUUCAACCUAUUGUUACGAAACCUGAAGGCAAAAAUUUGAUUCAAGCCUGUCUUAAUGCACCCGAUCCUCAACAGGAAAAUCCUGCCCCCGAGUUCUCAGAUAGACGUGGUAGUUCUUUGCCUGAACCUGAACCGCAGGAGAAUGCUUAUGCGGAUGAGAGACCGAAACAGGAGCAACCCACUCCCCAAAUGUCCUACUCUCAAGCUGGGUAUGCCCCUCCCCCUCCGCAACAGAUUAAUUCUGGUAAUGGCUAUACACCCUAUGCAAUGAACCCUUCCUAUCAGCAGCAAUAUCCUGGCCAAGUGCCUUACUAUGGCAACCAGCAGUACAUGCCUCAAGCUCAAGCUUACUGGGGAGGUGACCAGCCUGAUAAUCUCAAGGACAAGAAUCCUGCCUAUGGCCAACCUAAUAAAAAGAAAUAGUGGGUCUUUUUAUAAACAGUGAGCCAAGGAAAAAAAAAAGGAUGUGGUGCAACACAUUCGUCCCGCAUUUUUUUGGGCAAACCCCCAUUGUCUAGCUUAACCUCUCUACCAACCUCUUAGCUACUAUCUUUUUCCCCUCCCAACCUUGUUUCCCUCUCUUCUUUAUUUCUGUAUUUUCUGUAGUUGUCUGAUAUACUGGUUUCUUGUACCUAUGAUCUUAUAAAAUAUUCUCUCUACUAUGCUCUCUUCUACUUUAG